AAUUGUCAAAUAUAUUAUCUUCAUUUAAAAGUGUCAGUGUUAGGGUAAUGGUACAUUUUAAACCUCGAUAUGGUAUUUGAAACAGGAGAAACAGGAGAUGCAUUUAUUGUUUCAAAAUGUAAUAUUAAUAGUAUUUUGAUCAGAUAUUAAUGAUAUUUACUGAAGAUAUAAUCCAGAUCUAUUUAUAACCACUUCAAACUGUUUCACUGUUUCUUUACUUAUAACAAAACACCACUAGUUCAUGCCUACAAAUUAAGUAUAAUCAUCCGAGUUCAUAAUGCGGAAAAAUCUAAAGUUAAUACUUAUUCUUAUAAUUGCAACCUUCAGCAAUUUCACUUUCGCUAAGGUACCCUUAAAAUGGAGAAGAGAAGAAUUAUUUGGUGCUUUACAUGGUUAUGUCGGAAUAUUAUCAAAUCAUUCAUCUUUGGUGGAAAGACAGGCUGUUUGUCCGUUUGGAAAUUUUGAAUGUCCAGCAAAAAAUGGCUGUUGUCCCAUAGGUCAAACUUGUGCAAGUGGAGACUUGUGUAGUGAUUGUGGCCCCAAUCCUGUAGUUUGCGAUAAUACUCAUUGUUGUGAACCGGGCUUUCAAUGUUGCAAAAAAGGUUGUUGUAAGAUAGGCCUGAUUUGUGCUACUGAUGAUGAUAUUGGCAUUUGUAAAGAAGUCGAUACAGAAGAUUCAGAAGAAGACACACUUCCAUGUGGUUUAACUAAAACUGCUAAAAUUAAGACUAAAACUUAUCGAAACAAAGCUGAAAAUGCUUCAUUUGCGUAUAUAUAUGAUUCAACUACUGGUUCAUUAACUCAAAUGAUUUUAACCGAUGCUAUAAAUCGCGACGAGGUUCAAGCUGACCAUGUUUUUGAGGCGCAAACUGUUAUUAAAUAUCUUAAAGGAGAUGGUAGCAAAAUAUGUUCCUUUAUUACAUCAAAUUCUGCCUAUCUCGAUGAACUUAAAGAAAUCAUGAACGAUGAAGCUAACAUAAGAUAUCUUUCUACAAUUAUUAACCGCGCAAAAGGGACUUAUUUUGGGGGUAAUAAUGUAGACGACACAAAGGUCUUAAAUGCAGUAAAAGAAUAUCUAGCUAUUGAUGAUAUCUACGAAGCAUUUUCAACGACCCGUAACAAAGUAAUCAAGCUUUUUCGUAAGAUUGUAAGUGAAAAUGGAUUAGAUGUUCAUAAUUUUGCUAACAUUGAAAAUUCCCUUGGACGCACUGAAUAUGAAAGCUUGACAAAGAAGUCAUUAGUUACAGACAGUUCUUCUGACAACCCUCCUUCUACCCUGCCGUUACCCAACAAAUCUUUUAACAACUCCUCUUCUACCUUGCCGUUACCACACCUUAACGUGAUAUUAUCUGUAAUUCUAAGUCUCGUAUUCUUAGUUUUUGGCGAGUGCGGUCAAAAGAUAACUAGAAUGUCAAUUUCACAUAUCACGAAAAAAUAAUACACACAUAAAUGAAUUCUCAGAAUAAGACUUUUCAUUCUUAUUAUCACAAACACUUUGCAGCAAACAUAAUAAAUAAUUAUGCUAUUAAAUAUAUGCCAAGAGAAUAUUGUUUAUUAAUCACAUUUUUUAGUACUCUCUUGUAGUAUAAAUGAAUGAAAGCCCGCUAAGCUGAGUAGAACACGUGAUUUAUAUAUUUUUUGGCCAGAAUUACGGCAUUAAGAAAUGAUUGUGUCAACUAAUUACAGUGUAACGUAACGAUUAGCACAGAAUUACAGAUUCGUGUUAUCACGUGAUAUAAUUUAUCCUAGAUAAUUUUGGCCAGAAUUAUGAUGUAAUUUUAAAUGACUAUUUCAGAGAUUGCACGUGAAUGAUACCUAAAUUUAUAAAUAGACGUUAA